GAACAAGCGGCUCACUUAUAGCUCAUAUACAAAGAGGAAUAAAGUGAGAGUCUAAACAGCAGUAACAGGACUUUUUCUGCCAGUGAAGUAUAUCAAUGGUAUGCUUGGAUGCCUUCGAGGCUAGAGUGCCUUCGGAUGUGUCGCGUAUCGAAACGUCCACUUCGAGCCAGAGCCACUUCGGAUAUCGACAAAGGGGAGACACGAGACUGUCGGAUGUUGCGUCGGAUACCUGGUUUUAGAUGGAAGCGGCGGACUCGCGAGCACGACGAGAUACCUAUCUUCUGCGUCCACCAUUAACGACUCCAGCGAAUAGCGCUCCUGUGCGCCAGACUGUUAGACUGAAGGAUGGAUAUUGGGCCUUAUUUUGGUGCCUUAACGUUUGGCAUCUUAUUCAACAUCCUUUUAUAUGGUGCCGUCGUCCCUGCGUACUAUCAUUACGCUCUAUCGCGUAGAAAAGCGCAAACAUGGCUACAUUCUUACGUUCUAUUCUUGUUUAUUGCCGACACAGCACACACAGCAUUUGCCGCAGCCUAUUUAUACGACGCUCUCAUAGUUCAUUUUGGUCGUAUUACCUUGGAGCAAUUGACAUGGUUGUCCACAACAGUUCCCCCGAUAACGGGUAUCAUUUCUUGUGCCGUACAGCUCUUUUUUACCUUCCGGGUGCGGAAAUUAAGUGGUCAAUUGUGGUUGGCGAUCAUGAUCGCUGCCCUCGCGAUUGUCUCCAUGUUGUGCUCAUUGGCUUGUGUCAUUGCUCUUCGCUGGCCUGGCUAUGGCCGCUAUACCGAUUUGCAGGGACCAGCAGUGAAGGUGCCUGCCGUGAUCUGGCUCGCGACUGGUCUCGCGGCCGAUUUUCUUAUUACGUUCUCGCUUGUCUGGCAUUUGAAACCUAAACGAACUGGUUUUCCCUCGACGGACUUGCUGAUCAAUCGCAUAAUUCGCCUGACCAUUGAGACCGGCUUGCUUACGACAAGCUGGGCCCUUACCGAUCUCAUACUGUACCUAGCAUCUAACACAGACACCCACCUCUUUUUUAACUUCUCUCUCGCAAAAUUGUAUACGAUUCUGGUUAUGUCCAGCCUGAAUGCUCGAGAUUCCUGGAAGCCUUCCUACGUAGAGGACACAGACCUCUCAUGGAACGCACAGGCCGGCUACCCCGACACAUUCAUGUCCAUGCAGAAUACGGAUGGUGCCAGGCUGGAUACGACUAUGUGCGUUGGGCGUGACAGGAGUCAGACGCUACAGUCGACGUAUACCACGGACAAGAUUCAGUCGACAGAUACUAGUAACGGCCAGCCGUGAUUGUUGACGUGAGUGAAUACGUGUUUUGGUCGAGCGAGCAUGGAAUAUUCUUGGUUUCGGGAUGCUUCGUGUCUCAUGUUCAGUUUGCAGAAUGACUGUGUAGCGGUGUUGGUAUAUUGAUAUGUGCAUGUUGUCGAAGCACUGAUAAAUAUGUGUUUACAAUACAUGCUGCACUAUGAUAAUACACUUU